UUAAAUCAGAAAACAGCAACGCCAAAGAGGCGAAUUGGGGCAAGUCUCGACCCGAUCACUUUGGAUUUGGGCGGCUGGUGACCGGCGGCGACCAUGAUUCGCGCGGUGAUCGUGAUGAACACCCAGGGAAAACCUCGCCUCCUCAAGUUCUACGAUUUCCAGCCACCGGAGAAACAGAAGGAGCUCAUCCGCAGCGUCUUCGCAGUUCUAUCUGGAAGACCGGACAAUGUCAGCAAUUUCGUCGAAGCAGAUGCAAUCUUCGGCCCAGGUACAAGGUUGGUCUACAAGCACCUUGCAACGCUUUAUUUCAUUUUCGUGUUUGACAAUAGUGAAAAUGAACUUGCUAUGCUCGACCUCAUUCAAGUCUUUGUGGAGACAAUGGAUAGAUGCUUCAAGAAUGUCUGUGAGCUUGAUAUAGUGUUUAACUUCAAUAAGAUGCAUGCCAUUGUUGAUGAAAUCAUAUUUGGAGGGCAGGUGCUGGAAACUAGUUCUGAGCAAGUGAUGAAGGCUGUCGAGGAGAUUUCUAGACUUGAAAAAUCUUCCAACUCAAUCAGCUUUGUGCCUAAGGCUGUAUCGGGAAGGUUUGGCCGCUAACUAGUUCAAGAUUUCGUUGGACUCGUAUACGCAGGCUCACAGUUUUGUCUGUUCUAUUGCGAUGCAACAUCAAUCUUUCCGUUUUAUGAUCAAGUUGUAAGGGGAGUCUUUAACGUAUUGUUAUGGUAAUAAAUAUUGAAAUCAACAAUGUCAACCCACCAUCAAAUUUUCUCGUGCUAUCAAAGUCAUACCGAUUCUAAUUUAAAGUUGGCUGUUAUUUGCA